AUGUCUGACAAUCGCAUUCUCACCGGCCCCGACGUCGCCAAGCACAACACGCGCAGUGAUUGCUGGAUCAUCGUGCAUGGGAAGGUCUACGACGUCACGGACUUCCUGCCAGAGCACCCCGGUGGUCAGGCCAUCAUCCUGAAGUACGCAGGCAGCGACGCGACGGUGGCGUACGAGCCAAUCCACCCGCCGGACGCGAUUACCACGAACCUUCCUCCCGAAAAGCACCUGGGCCCCAUCGAUGCCAGCACGAUCACCAAGGCCGUCGUGGAGGUGACCGAGGAGGAGAAGCAACGGCAGAAGUUCGUCGAGGCGCGGCCGUCCAUCGAUACGAUUAUCAACCUGCACGACUUCGAGGCUGUAGCUCGCAAGGUCAUCACGGAGAAGGCUUGGGCAUAUUAUUCCUCGGCAUCAGAUGACGAGAUAUCGCUUCGGGAGAACCGCAUGGCGUACCAACGCGUCUGGUUCCGACCCCGCAUCCUCCGCGACGUCUCAACCGUUGACUGGUCGACGACGAUUCUCGGACAGAAGUCGUCCCUCCCAGUGUACAUCUCGGCAACAGCUCUUGGCAAGCUCGGCCACCCAGACGGUGAACUCUGCUUGACGCGAGCAGCAGCCAACUACGGUGUCAUCCAGAUGGUCGCAACGCUUGCUUCCUGUUCGUUCGACGACAUUGUUGACGCCGCCAAGCCAGAUCAAACUCUAUUUCUCCAGCUGUACGUGAACCGUGACCGCGAGAUCACGCGCAAGUACGUGCAACAUGCGGAGGCGCGUGGCGUCAAGGCGCUCUUCAUCACGGUCGACGCACCGCAGCUCGGCCGCCGCGAGAAGGACAUGCGGAUGAAGUUUGUCGGCGAUGAGGGCGUCGCGAAGGUCCAGGAUGGCCAGUCGGACAUCAAAAAGGACGAGGGUGUUGCGCGGGCUAUUAGUUCUUUCAUUGACCCCAGCCUGUCCUGGAAAGACAUCCCAUGGUUCAGGAGCAUCACGAAGAUGCCCAUCAUCCUUAAGGGUAUCUCGACUGCCGAGGAUGCCAUCCUCGCAUACGAGGCCGGUGUACAGGGCAUCGUCCUCUCCAACCACGGCGGUCGCCAGCUUGAUACAGCACGCUCCGGUCUUGAGGUGCUCGUCGAGGUCGUGGCGGCGCUCAAGGCCCGCGGCUACUUCCCGAGCCCGAACUUUGAGAUCUUCGUAGACGGUGGGGUGCGCCGCGCGAGCGACGUGCUCAAGGCACUUGCGCUCGGCGCGAAGGCUGUUGGUGUCGGCCGACCGUUCCUCUACGCGUUCUGCAGCUAUGGCCAGGAGGGCGUCGAGAAGGCCAUCCAGAUCUUCCGGGAUGAGUUCGAGAUGAACAUGCGUCUCCUGGGUGCACGUACGAUUGAUGAGCUCGUGCCGGAGAUGGUCGAUGCGAGUGCUCUGGCGUCGCAUACCGUCGUUACGCCUCAGGACCACCUGUUCACACAGACCUACCAACCUCUGUCUGGUGCCAGAUUCAACGAGAGCAAGCUGUGA